UCCUUACUCGAACGCGGAAUUGCAAGCAGGAAGAACUGAGUGUUGAUGGCGUGACCAGAGUGUGUUUAUGUGCUUCUUUCACUGACCAACAAGAAGUUAUGAAGACCACUGAACCGCAGUUGGGAUAGCGACAAACAUAUACACGCGUUUACAGGCAUAGACUUUGACCAAAUAUAACUGAAUUAAUGUGGGAUCAGUAGGAGGAACCACAACAAUGAGGAGACUAUCUCGCAAGAAAGCUCUCAACCUGGUGAAAGAACUGGAUGCUUUCCCAAAGGUUCCAGAAAGCUACGUGGAGACGAGCGCAAGUGGAGGAACUGUGUCAUUGAUUGCCUUCACUGCCAUGGCUCUCUUGGCAUUCUUCGAAUUUUUCGUCUAUCGGGAUACUUGGAUGUCCUAUGAAUAUGAAGUCGAUAAGGAUUUUACAAGUAAAUUAAGAAUAAAUAUAGAUGUUACCGUUGCCAUGAGGUGUCAAUUUGUAGGUGCAGAUGUUUUGGAUUUGGCUGAGACAAUGGUGGCAUCUGAUGGUCUUCAGUAUGAACCAGUUGUUUUUGACCUGACCCCCCAACAAAGGAUCUGGCACAGGACUCUGCUGCUCAUUCAAAACCGUCUGCGAGAAGAACAUGCUCUUCAAGAUAUCCUGUUCAAAAGCCUUUUAAAGGGAGGGCCUACUGCACUGCCUCCACGUGAAGUGGAUCCUAAUCAGUCCCCAAAUGCAUGUAGGAUACAUGGACACCUUUAUGUCAAUAAAGUUGCUGGGAACUUCCACAUCACUGUUGGCAAAGCUAUUCCACAUCCCAGAGGACACGCCCAUCUGGCUGCUCUAGUCAGCCAUGAAACUUACAACUUCUCCCACCGAAUUGACCAUCUGUCCUUUGGGGAGGAAAUCCCAGGCGUUAUAAAUCCACUGGAUGGCACAGAGAAAGUGUGCACUGACCAUAAUCAGAUGUUCCAGUAUUUCAUCACCAUUGUGCCCACCAAGCUGAAAACCUACAAGAUAUCAGCAGAAACACACCAGUACUCUGUCACAGAGAGGGAAAGGGUGAUAAACCAUGCUGCUGGUAGUCAUGGUGUUUCUGGUAUCUUCAUGAAGUAUGAUAUUAGUUCACUCAUGGUGACGGUCACUGAGCAGCACAUGCCCCUCUGGCAGUUCCUGGUGCGCCUUUGCGGCAUUAUUGGAGGCAUCUUCUCAACCACAGGCAUGCUCCAUGGUCUGGUUGGAUUCUGUGUGGAUAUCGUCUGUUGUCGCUUAAAGCUGGGCGUCUAUAAACCCAAAGAGGUCGGUAUUCUUGAUGGACACAACAGCCAAACACCAUUACUUACAGAUACCAAUGAGCAGGAGUAAGCUGGUGGUGGUCUUGUUCCUGAACUGUGUUGCUGCCUACUACAGUAGGGUUCACUGCAUCCACCUUCACCUGAUUUGGUGAAAUAAACAGCAUUUACAGGGAUACACAUGCCAACUGAAGACUUUUCACUCCAAUAAACUUCAUAAGGACCCUACUCAAGAGUCUCUCAUAUGCUGUUCAUGUUCGUUUGGUGACAUUGGGCUUUUGUCAUCUAUGGAUUGUGACAUACCUGCUCAAAAUAGCAUCCAUUUUUCACAGGAAGAUGAACAUACUGUAAUUAAAUGCAGGGUAGGAACAAAAGAAAUAGAAGCCUAUAGCUUGAAAGUGGUUCAUGUGUUGUUGUGUUAGCAUUACAGCUCUAUCAAUCAGUGCCAUCCCGUCUUGAUUUUGGUCCCUACUUACAGGGAAACUCCGGAGUGAAAAUUACUUACGGUCUAUUUACAUUAACUUCAAAGUUUGGAUUGAGAGCAAAGUUACAUAAAAUGGUGGCAUUUUGAGCAAGAUCAUUUAUUUGCAUCAUCACUGAAUGGGCUUACAGUGAUGCUAACAGGGAAAGUUGCCACAUCACUAUUUUAUACCACUAACAAUGCUCAAAAUAUAAUUACACUUCUGUGGUUUCGUCUGAGAGCAAAAUUACGUCUAUUGGUGGACCCUCACCAUAUUACCACAUAAGUGUAAUUAUGUUUUGAGCAUUGUCAGUGGUGUUUAUAACAGCGCUUGUUUGUUGAGUGCUAGCUUGCCAUAAUGUGCUUUCACAAUAAGCCAUUUUUUGCUAAUGCAAACAAUGGUCUUACUCAAAACUCCACCAAUUAAUGUAAUUUUGCUCUUAAAUGAAAGUAUGAACAUGGUAUCUUCCAUAAAUAGAUGUUUUUACUCUGGAAUAUCCCCAUAAGAUGUAUUAUUGUAUGGACAUGAGACCACUAAUGCAAGAUACCUUUUUCAAACGCUGUAUUUCUAUGAUUUGUGCAAUUAAAUGCACUUGUGAAAUGUG